AUGGCGGGCCGAACUGUGAAAGUGAGCAAUGUUUCACUGGGUGCUUCUGAACAGGACAUCCAGGAAUUCUUUUCGUUCUCCGGGAUAAUUGAAUAUGUGGAGAUGAAAAGUGAGAGUGAGCGUUCUCAAACGGCAUUCGUCACUUUUAAGGACCCUCAGGGUGCUGAGACUGCUGUUCUUCUAACGGGAGCUACGAUCGUUGACCAGACAGUUAACAUUGCUCUUGAACCAGAUUACCAGCUGCCGCAAACAGCAUCCGCGCCAUACUCUGCAUCUGAAGACAAGAAUGCAGGCGGCACAACCUCGUCUGCUGUCCGAAAAGCCGAGGAUGUCGUGAGCAGCAUGCUAGCCAAGGGCUUCGUCCUUGGAAAAGACGCCGUGAACAAGGCCAAGGCCUUUGAUGAGAAGCAUCAGGUCAUAUCCACAGCCACAGCCAAAGUUGCCUCACUCGACCAGAAAAUUGGCCUUAGUGAGAAAAUCACUACUGGGGCUGCCAUUGUCAACGACAAGGUCAAGGAGGUUGACCAGAAGUUCCAAGUCUCUGAAAAGACGAAAUCGGCCAUUGCAGCAGCCGAGCAGACCGUGAGCACAGCUGGCUCAGCCAUUAUGAAAAACCGAUAUGUUUUGACCGGAGCUUCGUGGGUUACCGGGGCUUUCAGCAGGGUUACUAAGGCUGCUGGUGAGGUUAGCCAGAAGACGAUGGAGAAAGUGGCUGAAGGCCAACCUGGAAAACAUGUGUCAGAAGGUUAUGCCGAGAUUCAGACAUCAUCGGGGUCUCCGAAGGAAAGCACUGGUGAUAAGAAGAAGCCCUCGUCUCCAAAGGGAUUGAUUCUCUGA